GAGCUGGUACUGGUGGUGUGGCGAAUCCACAACGAAGGCCGAAGAAUAGGAAUCGAGAAUACAGGCUCUCACGUCUAUCGCAUUUUGCAGUCCAUCGCGCAAUCCCUUAGAUUCUGCCAGGCUGGGUUUUGUUGUUGCUGCGCAAAUUCUCCUUCUAAUCUUGUAGUGGCGGUUUCGUAUUCAGUUACGUGGUGUUUGGAAUUCUAGAUAUUGGGGCUGCGUCCAAAGUGGGUUGGGGCUUUGCAGGUUUGAUUGGAGAAGGGACAAGCAAUCGGCUCUGGCGCACCUCGGUCGUGUUUGCAGAUCCAUGGGGAGUCGUCGUCGCCGUCGUCUCUUGCGUUGGAUAGAUGGGGUGGAAUUGUCUGCGGGGUGCUGCCUUUGGAUUGCUGCGUGAUUGAUGGAGUGGCGCACGUAUUGCUAUCGUUUGAAUUUUAGCGGUUGAUUCAAUGUCGUAGGUGCGUUCGAUGCUGCGCGCGUUUGUUGCUUCCUUGGGUUUGGCUCCAUGCCCUUAUCCACGAAUUUGAGAUUAUUUUGGAAGCUGAUGCUGGGUUAUGGGAGGUAGUAAUUGGCGUGGUAUAUGAGCUUAAAUUCUGCUCAGCUCAACCCAUUCCGAUUCGAGUGCUUGAGAGUAUGACUCUUCCACUAUUGACGUAAUUUGUUGAGCUGGAUGCGGUAUUUCACAAAGAUUGGCAAUCACGGUUUAUAAUUAGCCUGCUGCUCCUGCAACCUAGCAUCUCCCGGCGUUUAAUUCACUCAGGAAGCGCUGGGGGCAAAUCAGUCGGGGAGCCGCCCCGCGGCGCAGCAGAAGCCCUGGAGUUUGUGGCUUUUGCAGCAGCGCGCGGAUGAUUACCCCCGAGUUCUUGGCAUGGAGACUCCUCAGCUCCUCCUCCCUGCCGCUCGCCCUGCCCCACCGGUCACGGAGGGCUCGACAUAUCAACAUCAGGACCCUCCGGCCCAUCAAACACCCCAUCCUCUGGAGGAACCGGAAUAUAUAUGCCGGUACACCGUCACCAAACACUCGUGGCGUGGGAGGUACAAACGCGUAUUGUGCAUCUCCCCCACCCAGGUUUUGACCCUCGACCCCGUUACUCUGAACACCACAAACGCGUAUGACAUUGCACAUGAUUUCGAAGGAGCGAUGCCUGUGGCAGGCGGGCGGGAGGACCCUCUGCAGCAGCAGGCGCUCGAGUUCAGUAUCAACGUGCGGAAUGACGGUCGUGGCAAAUUCAGGCCCAUGCGAUUCUCCUCUAGGUACCGAGCAGCAAUUCUGACGGAAUUGCACAAGCUAAAGUCUUAUGUAGCUCCUGGAACGUCUCCUUUCUCUUCUGACACCGCAGACUUUCCUGUACUUCAUUUGCGGCGGCGUGCAUCGGAUUGGAGUCCUUUCGUCAUGAGAAUCACUCGCAUUGGCAUCGAAGUGCGGACGUCAAAUGAUAAUCUUCAUUGGUGUUUGGAUUUUCGUGACAUGGACUCUCCAGCCAUUAUACUGUUGUCAGAUGCAUAUGGCAGGCGUGGCCAUGAAGGUGGAGGGUUUGUGCUAUGCCCAUUGUUUGGCCGCAAGUGUAAAGCCUUCACUGCAGCUGUGGGGGUUUCCAAUAAUGUCAUAUUGACCACCCUGACAAGAAUGGCCAAAACUUUUGUUGGGGUCUCGCUUAUUGUCGAUUCAUCACAUACAAUGAGUGCUUUAGAAUUUCAGAAACAAAGAGCGAAGACUGCAGUAGGCGCUGAAGAAACACCUGUUGGAGAGUGGUCAGUUACAAGAGUACGCACAGCCGCUCACGGUACUGCGCAUUCUGGCACAUUACACGUCCUGUAUGGAAUCAAAGGUUUGGGUGGACCAAGUGAAUCUGUAGCAAGGCAGCUGGUUCUCACUAAAAGCUCUUUGGUUGAGAGACGGAAGAACAACUAUGAGGCGGUAAUUGUCCGACCUUUAUCGGCGGUUGCUGCCCUUGUUCGGUUCGCAGAGGAACCUCAAAUGUUCGCGGUCGACUUCAAUGAUGGUUGCCCUAUGCAUGUCUAUUCAAGCACAUCACGGGAUAGUCUUUUAGCUGCAGUGCGGGAUACCAUACAAACUGAGGGUCAACGCCCAAUCCCCCUGUUAGCAAGAAUAACAAUGCCAGGACAUCGACUUGAUCCUCCAUGUGGGCGUGUUAUGACUCCUUCACCUGUUACUGCAAGCGUCCCUCAUCGUUUGUUUGCUGAUAUUGAAGGAGAGGCCCUUCAUGUUAAGCACCUCACAGCAGCAGCCAAGGACGCAGUUGCUGAGGGCGGGUCUGUUCCGGGUUCCAAAGCCCGUCUUUGGAGGCGUGUUCAAGAAUUUAAUGCUUGCGUUCCUUACGAAGGUUUACAGCCGCAUGUAGAAGUUACCGAUGUUACUCUCAUGACGUUAUUGUCUAUGUUACCGGGCCCAUUAAACCUACCUCCUGAUAGCCCUCCACCUCCACCGCCGUCUCCUAAAGCAGCUGGUACAUUGGUGGGCUUAGUAGCCUGCUUACGUCGUUUGAUGGGAUCUUCAUAUGCAGCAUCAUUUGUGGCUUCGUUGCCGGUUGCUGCAAGCCGACUAAUGGGCCUUCUUCAGUCAGGGUCAGAAGCUGUGGCUAUGGAAGCUGCAGGGCUUGUCGCCUUGCUCAUCGGAGGGGGUCCUGGCGAGAAUACUUUGUCGGCCAUGACAAGAGGGGAUAAGCACGCGAGUGUUAUUCUUGCAAAGUCAGCAAUGCUUGGUAGCCAGUUCCACAUUAUGAUUCUUGUACAUCGCUUGAAACCAACGACUGUGUCUCCAUUACUCUCCAUGGUAAUAGUUGAAGUUCUCGAGGCAAUGCUAUGUGAACCGCAAAGUGAGACAACAGACCACCCUACCUUUGUUGAGAUGCUGAGGCAAGUGGCUGGUCUGAAACGUCGAUUAUUUGCUCUAUUUGGGCACCCUGCGGAAGGAGUUCGUGAAACUAUAGCUGUGAUUAUGAGAGCAAUUGCAGAAGAAGAUGCUGUUGCUGCCGAGUCAAUGAGGGAUGCCGCUUUGCGGGAUGGAGCAUUAUUACGUCACCUUGUGCAUGCAUUCUUUUUACCAGCUGGUGAACGGAGAGAAGUAAGCCGACAGUUGGUUGCUCUGUGGGCAGAUGCACAUCAGCCCGCACUUGAUCUGCUUUCAAGAGUACUUCCUCCUGGACUUGUAGCAUACCUACAAACCAGACCUACGGAUGAAGAUGACUUUGAUACUCAAUGUAUGGCAUCGAGCACUUCCUCGGCGAAAAGAAAGCAGCAGAGGAUACUGCAACGGCGUAAGGGAAAAGUGCCUCGGAAAAGCAUCCCAAACACUUCAUUAAAUCCACUUAAUCCGUUCUCAGCUCCCCCUCUUGACGUAAGGAUUGUACAACCACAACAAAAUUCGAGUCAAAAUUCUCCAAGUUCUCAAGAACCAACCACCUUGUCUUCAGAAGAAAAUGGCCAUUUCGGUGUGAAAAGCUCACUUCCGUCUCCAUCUGCAGCUGGCCCUUCACAAGCUUUACCUGCUUUGGCACAGUCCACAGCCACAAAUCCAUAUACAAGUGGGGAUCAGUAUUUAGGAGGCUCGAUUCUUGCUAACAGUGUUCCCAGUGUCGAUUCUCAGCCGCCAGCCCCAGCACCUGCCCAGAUAAUAACAGAAAACGUGCCUGUUGGUUCUGGUUGCCUUCUUUCCAAUUGGCCAGAGUUCUGGCGCGAAUUUGGCUUUGAUCACUCUCGUGCUGACCUGAUUUGGAAUGAACGGACUCGUCAAGAACUUUGGGAAGCUCUUCAAGCUGAAGUUCAUCUUUUAGACGUAGAAAAAGAGCGAACCCUAGAUGUAAGCGUGGUUGGAAGAUUGUCAGUGGCAGGAGAUGCUACCUUCAUGGAAGAAUCCAUGAGCCAACUUUCCUGGAAUUACGCAGAGUUUGCAGUUAGAUAUCCCAGCCUUUCAAAAGAGGUCUGUGUGGGACAAUACUACCUUCGGCUUUUUCUUGAAAGUGGGAGUGGUGCUGAAGGCUUCCCUCUUCGUGAUCCUGUAGCGUUUUUUGGGGCGUUGUAUCAUCGAUUCCUGUGUGAUGCUGAUAUUGGGCUUACAGUCGAGGGCUCCGCUACAGACGACCUUGGUGUUGACUGGUGUGACAUGGCUGGUUUGGAUGGUUUUGGAGGAGGUGGAGGAACUUCAGUUCGGGACUUGUGUGCAAGAGCGAUGGCUAUAGUUUAUGAACAGCAUCAUCAAACGAUUGGGCCCUUUGAUGGGACUCCACACAUAACUGUGUUACUUGACCGUACUAGUGACAGGACUUUACGACACCGAUGUCUCCUUCUCUUAAAGGCUCUUAUGAGGGUAUCAGCGAAUGCCAAGAUGUCUAUUGCUGUUGGAGGUUGUGUUCUUGCUGUCGACCUUCUUACAAGUGCACAUGAAGCAUCGGAAAGAACUGCUAUACCACUUCAGUCCAACUUGAUUGCUGCCAAUGCCUUCGUCGAGCCACCGAAGGAGUGGUAUUAUGUUAGUAAGGCUGGGGUUCAAGUUGGUCCUGUGGAGAAAGAUGCGAUCAGGCGUGCGUGGUCAAAACAGGAUAUUGAUUGGAACUCGAAGUGUUGGGCUCAGAGCAUGACAGAGUGGAAACGUCUGCGGGAUAUUCGAGAGCUACGAUGGGCUCUUGGUAAUGGAGUGGCGGUGUUAACACCUGUCCAGGUGGGAGAGGUGGCGCUGUCCAUCUUACAUAGCAUGGUUGGGGUUCAUUCAGAUUUAGAUGAUGCUGGGGAGCUCAUCACCCCAACUCCUCGCGUGAAACGUAUCCUCACUAGUCCGCGGUGCUUGAAUCAUAUUGCUCAGGCAAUGUUGACUGGAGAGCCUGCACUUGUGGAAAAUGCAGCAUCAUUGCUAAAGGCAAUACUAACUAGAAACCCUAAAGCAAUGGCACGCCUUUACAACACUGGGGCGUUUUAUUUUGCUCUAGCAUAUGGUGGCUCCAACCUGGAUUCUGUUGCAGAGCUUUUUGCCUCCACUCAUUCCCAUCAAGCCUUUCAUGGGGGUGCUGAUGCUGCAGUUUCAUCAUCCCUUCCUUUGGCUAAAAGGAGUGUAUUGGGAGGCCUUCUGCCAGAGAGUUUGUUGUACGUUCUGGAGAGGAGCGGGCCUUCUGCAUUCGCUGCUGGUCUUGUUGCUGAUUCAGACACACCAGAAAUCAUAUGGACCCACAAAAUGCGCGGAGAACGUCUCAUUGAUCAGGUUUUAAAACAUCUCGGAGACUUCCCUCAAAAGCUCCCACAACACUGUCAUGUCCUUUAUGAAUAUGCACCCAUGCCUUCUGUGACGUACCCUGAGCUUCAAGAUGAGAUGUGGUGCCACCGCUAUUACCUCCGCAAUCUAUGUGAUCAAAUUCGCUUCCCAGAUUGGCCAAUUGUGGAACAUGUAGAGUUUCUGCAAUCUUUGCUCGCCAUGUGGAGAGAAGAGCUAACAAGGCGACCUCUCGACCUGUCUGAGGAAGAGGCUUGUUCUAUAUUGGAGAUUUCUUCGGAUGAAAUCGACACUAGCGGUGAGAAUGGUGAGGGUGAAGAAGAAGGUAAAGGUAGUGCGGGGAAGAUUUUUGGACGUGUUGAUGAAGAGAUCCUCAAACGACAGUAUCGGAGGUUGGCCAUGAGAUACCACCCAGACAAGAAUCCGCAAGGGAGAGAGAAGUUUGUGGCUGUUCAGAAGGCUUACGAACGAUUACAGGCCACGUUACAAGGUUUGCAAGGUCCUCAGCCUUGGCGGCUACAACUUUUGUUGAAGGCGCAAUGCAUCCUUUUCAGUAGAUACGGAGCUGUCUUGGAGCCCUUCAAGUAUGCUGGAUAUCCAAUGUUGCUGAAUGUCAUAACAAUAGAUCGCGAUGACAACACUUUCCUUUCUCCCGAGCGAGCACCACUUCUAGAAGCGGCUACCGAGCUAAUAUGGCUUACGUGUUGUUCUUCUGCUUUGAAUGGAGAGGAGCUGGUACGCGACGGAGGUAUAUCGCUACUGGCUACCUUACUUGCUCGGUGUAUGAGUGUUGUGCAAAGGACAACACCUUCAACAGAUCCAGCUGCUAUCAUUGUCACCAACAUUAUGCGAACUUUUGCAGGUUUGAGUACGUUCGAAAGGGCACGUCAAGAGAUGCUACAUUACACAGGUUUCACUGUUGAUGUAGUCCACUGCUGUGAGCUAGAGUUGGCCACAGCAGCGGUUGAAGCAGCAUUACAAACAAUUGCUCAUCUGGCAGAAUCAUCAAAAUUCCAAGAUGCUCUUUUGAAGGCUGGAGUAAUGUGGUUCUUGAUGCCGCUGCUUCUGCAAUACGACUCCACUGCUGAGAAUAGCUCCGCUAGUGGACCUCAAAUUGGGAACCGUGUUCAAGCAGCCAAGAAUAUGCAUGCGAUGCUUGCAGUUCGAGCAUUAGCAAGAUUAGCUGGUCUUCUGGAUGAUGACCUUUCUACUCCUCCAAAUGAGACUGCUGCUAAAGUUUUGCGAGAAAUGUUGACUCCAAAACUGGCUGAAAUGUUGAGUAAUGAGUCUCCCAGAGAUUUGCUUCGUAAUCUCAACUCUAAUGUUGAAUCUCCACAGAUAAUCUGGAACUCAGCAAUGAGAGCUGAACUUCUGAACUUUGUUGAAAAUCAGCGUAUGUCUCAGCUUGCGGAUGGUACAUAUGACAUGCGAGCAGCUCAAGACUUUAAAUACAUGGUCCUCAUGAGCGAGCUUCAUGUUGGUGAUGUGUACUUACGAGUGUAUAAUGAACAACCAGAUUCUGAAAUCACAAACGGUCAAUAUCUUUGUGAGGCUUUAGUGGAUUUCAUCAGCGCAACUGUAGUGGAGAGGCAGAAAGUGUCGGAGGUUAAAAUUGUCACUGAUCUUGAGCCUACUGAGUCUCACACAGAGGCUGUGACAAGCGAAAAUCCUAUACCUCCAGUUCCAAUUGAUGAUAUGACUUAUGCGGAAGUCCUUGCCGAGGAUGGAGAAGCGAGAGGGGAGAGUGUUUCUUCAGCAGUUCCACCUGAUGUUAAUUCAAGCUCUUACGAGUCACCUGGAAAGACUCUUGUCAAGAAUCUCACCAUGGCGCUGAAAGCAUUACAGAAUAUCUUGAAUUCUGAACCAGAGUUGACUUCAGUAUUCUCCUCUAGAGAACGACUAUCACCUCUGCUCAGUUGUUUACUGGACACGGGAGCUUCUAGUGAACAUGUACCUGAACUUUGCCUGAAUGUCCUUGCAAGGCUUACUAUGCAAGCAUCAUGCGUGGAAGCUUUGGUAGCUGACCGUUCAGCAUUGCUUCUUCUUCUCCAGUUGUUGUACUGUGCUCCUGCUUGCAGGCCAGGCGCAUUAAGGGUUCUGUAUUCACUGGCAAGUACAUCCGAACUUGCUUGGGCAGCUGCCAAGCAUGGUGGUGUAGUUUACAUACUUCAUCUUAUUCUACCUGGGCAAGGAGAAGUCCCCAGUCAGACCAGGAUAACAUCGGCAUCUUUAUUAGGAAAACUUGUGGGACAACCUAUGCAUGGACCUAGAGUAGCCAUCACUGUGGCACGGUUCCUCCCAGAUGGAUUGGUUUCUGCCAUACGCGAUGGACCAGGCGAUGCAGUAGUUGCGGCCUUAGAUCAAAGCAGCGAAACCCCAGAGCUUGUUUGGAGUCCUGCAAUGGCUGCAUCUCUCGGGGCGCAGCUGGCAACUAUGGCAGCCGAUCUGUAUAAAGAGCAAACCAAGGGUAAAGUGAUCGAAUGGGAUCUUCCUGAGAGUUCAUCUGGGGAGCAAGACGUGAAUGAAGAACCACAGGUUGGUGGAGUGUAUGUUCGCUUGUUCCUGAAAGAUCCCAAAUUCCCUCUUCGAAAUCCGAAGCGGUUCUUAGAGGGUUUACUUGACCAAUAUGUCACAGCAGCGGCAGCCACUCAUGCAAGAGAUGGGUCUCAAGUAGACCCGCAGCUUCCAUUAUUACUCUCUGCAGCUCUAGUGUCACUCCUACGUGUUCAGCCCUUACUUGCUGACCAUGUUGCCCACUUGGGUUACGUGCCAAAGCUGGUUUCAGCCAUGGCUAAUGAGGGUCGUAUUGUCUCAUCGGCCUCUUCUCAGAGUAUUUUAGCUAAGAGUGGUAGCCGAAGUGGGGAAUCUCCCUGGGAAGUUGAAGACGGUGAGGGUUUAAUGGGAAGUCAGACUCCUCAAGAACUAGUUCGAUUAAGUUGCUUGAGGGUGUUGCACCAGUUGGCUGCCUCUACUGCAUGUGCUGAGGCUAUGGCUACUCCAGGAAUGGGAUCUCCUCAGAUUGUACCACUGUUAAUGAAGGCCAUAGGGUGGCAAGGAGGUAGUGUGUUGGCACUAGAAACUCUCAAAAGAGUUGUUGGUGCAGGCAAUCGUGCUCGUGAUGCCCUUGUUGCUCAGGGAUUGAGAGUCGGUUUGGUGGAAGUUCUGCUUGGUAUUUUGGACUGGCGAGCUGGAGGAAGAUAUGGGCUGUGUUCUCAAAUGAAAUGGAACGAGAACGAAGCCUCUGUAGGCCGUGUUUUGGCUGUUGAGGUUUUGCAAGCCUUUGCUGGCGAGGGUGCACACUCUGCGAAAGUUCAAAAUGUUCUAUCAUCCUCAGAUGUUUGGAGUGCUUACAAAGAUCAAAAGCAUGAUCUGUUCCUACCUUCAAAUGCCCAAACUGCUGCAGCAGGUGUAGCUGGUCUUAUUGAGGACUCCUCCGGAGUUGUAAAAUAUGCCCUACCUCAUCCUUCUCGGUCUGCAAUAGUUCGUCUCUCCGGCUCUUAUACUUCUGAUACGAAUGCCGGAAGAGAAUGAGGCUUAAUCUCCUAUCUGCGACUUGUAGCUCAUCAUGGGUUCUCUAUGUAGUUUUCAUUUUGUACACUUGCGGUGUCUUCUGUUAAUUUGUAAUCAUUCAGGCUGGUACCCAGUCUGUUAGAUUUCCUAGGUUUUUAUUUGCAAAUCUAGAGCAGAUCUAGGCUUUAAUGGGGUUAAUAUUGGAGUUUGACUUCAUCGACUUGUGAUUGUUCCAGCUGGGCACCCGAGCUCCUGAUUGGUUGUUCUUGUUGCCCACCAUAAUUGUAAAUAAAUUUGCGCUGCUAGAUUCUUUGCGUCGAUA